AAGGAAAACAUUAUUUAAAAAAAUGGGGCAGAACCUGAAAUCAAAGCAAACACCAGAGUCCCAGAUCCUUUAAAUUAUUACAAAGUAUCAGCACAGAAAGAAAAGUUAAGCGAGCAGCAACUUCCCUGAAUUUGAAGAGAGAGGGACUGGUUGUAAAUGCUGGCCAUGCCUCAAACCAUUCAGACACACUCAGAAAUGAGAGUGAAAGCCUCAGCCAAAAGAACAAUAUAAAAACUCCAGAAAGCCAAGUUGCCGCUUCCUCUAUACUCAAGAAAGAGAAAGCCUAGGGAUCUGUCCAGAGCUUUCUUCAAAGUCAGAUAGGGUUAAAGACCCCUGAACUUAGCUGUUUAUCUCAUUGCCCAUACGCCCAUAAUACAUUUGUCUGUAUCCUUUUUCAGUUUCCACUACCGAGAGCCUUUAUAUCAAGGGGCUUGUACAAAUCAGAAACGAAGAAAAGAGUAAAAAAAGGAAAGGGUAUAGCUUGCUGCAGCGGAAAAGCAAUUAAACGAUGAAGAUUUGGUGUGAUGUGUGCGACAAAGAAGAAGCCGUGGUCUUCUGCUCUGCUGAUGAAGCUGCUCUUUGUGAAAGCUGUGAUCGUCGAGUUCACCAUGCAAACAAGCUAGCUAGGAAUCACUCUCGUUUCUCCCUUCUCCAUCCGACCUUCAAAGAAUCGCCACUAUGUGACAUCUGUCAGGUGAGGCGUGCGUUUCUUUUUUGUCAAGAAGAUAGAGCAAUUCUUUGCAGAGAAUGUGACCUUCCAAUUCACAGAACCAAUGAACAUACCCAGAAACAUAACAGGUUUCUUCUAACGGGUGUCAAGCUCUCUUCUUCUUCUUCUUCCCCUUGUUUAAACCCAACUUCAUCCUCCUCUAAUGGCCACAAUGCAACAACUAUUGACUCUGAGACCAAAAGUUCCCAGUCUUGCAAGAGAUUCCGUUCAGUUUCUAAUAACGAAAUCUUCAGCUCUCCUUCAAUCGAGAAACCAUUGCCUUCAACAACUGACAAGGUUGAAGAUAAUUGCACUAGUGACACUGUUUCAAUUUCAACAAGCAGUAUAUCCGAGUACUUGAUGGAAACAUUACCAGGUUGGCGCGUGGACGAUUUUCUUGAGCCUUCAUUCGCUGCCAAUGGUUUCUACUUUUGAGCAAUUUUUACCAGUGAAGGGAGGUGAUUGUGUGAAUCUUGAGUUGUUCUCCAUCUGAAGCAGUUUAGGUACCUCAAGUUUCCCCACCGCAGUCCCCUCAGCUUUGUUUUUUAAUUCCGCAAAAUGAUUUGGUGGAUGGAUUCAAGGAGCUCAAAGAGGCAAACGUUUUGAAUUUCGGCUGUCGAUGGAACGGUGAAAGUCUUAUAGUUCCUCAAAUCAGCUCUUCCUCCUCCCUCAAGAAAUCCAGACUAUUUCGGUAGAAAUCCUAGUUCAUGCUGGAGAAAAGAGAAUGUCCAUAUAGGAAUGUUUGUUCAAUCUGUCUGUCUUUGGAUCACGUUGGUUUUAAUUUCCUUUAGUUUUUUUUUUUUUUAAUUUUUCAGCGAUUUUCUCGUUGUUCUAUGGGUGUCGUUUUGUUACUUUUUGUAAUUUAUCUAUAUGUUACAUGGAAAUAGAAAGUUCAAUUUUCCUCUAUUGACAUCUCAAUCUCAGAACAGCUAUUUUAAUGAGAAACGACCAGAUCCUGGUCAAGCUGCAUGAGAGGUGACAAGUGACAACUUGUGGUUAAAAGAAGAAUUAUGAAACCCCCAAAAUCCCCUUAGUCCCUUAGGGACUUUCUUCCUUCCGAGGCAUGCUACUAUCUCAGUUUCUCUCUCUAUUGAAUUGAAGGGAAUUCUUUUUGGAGUUGGGACUAUUCUUUCACUAUUCUUAUUUAAAACCAAACAAAAUAAAUGAGGCAGAUUUGAGAUUUGAAGAAUACGAGGAAUGAAAUGAAAGAGAUCGCCAACUCAGUUUUGCAGAGAACACAGCCUAAUCGUCAAAGUAAAAGUUUGAAGGAUUGCUGACAACAUGAUUACAUAGGAACGCCUGGCAGCCAGGGCGUACGGAAGUGAAAUUCCCAGAUCCAAGCCGAAAAACUUAAGUAGGCUGGGCAUUUUGUCCUCGACGCUUUCUCAUUGACAUGGCUCUGAUCUCACUUUCGUUUGCUCCACUUUUUAACCCAAUAGUAUAGAACUAGGUAAUAA